AUGAACAAUUCUACGGAUAAAUCACCUUCGCCUUCUCCUACGUCAAGAGCUAGCAAAUCGUCCUCUCCCAAUGCGAAUUCAUCCGGCGAUGGUAGCGUAAAGCGGGCAAAAAGAACCAUAUCCCAAAACGUGGAUUAUAACCUAAAAAAGAGACGAAUAAUUCCAGCUGAAGACAUCACGUCUAAAAGGGGCCGCAAGAGCAGCGCUAGCACUACACUGAAUCACGAUGUACCAGAGGACGCUUUGGAAGAAAAACCUUCUAGCAAACACGUAAUAGAAUAUGAGCCAGAUGGUCGUAUUAUAUUCAAUGAACCAGAAUUUGUCGAUCCCAUCAAUGGAAUGACUGGCUUACCUUUAGGUAUGGGGCCUCCUGAAAAAGUGAAAAAGGAGUCGUAUUGGUCAUACAAAAAGAAUAAUGGACAGAGCACAAAUGGGACCCCCAGUUCCGCUAGUAGUGCAGCAACUUAUGAAUCACAAAUACCGGAAGACAAUGCAUUCGAAGAACAGCUAGAGACUAAGAAAUCUGAGCAACUUACCAAACAGAGCUCUUUACGUUCCAACACUAAGCCCAAAGACAUCUACCGAACUAAGAGACAAUACCGCAAGAAAAAUGAUCAGCUUCUUCAUAGAAAUAAGCACUUCCCUAUACACACCAAGAUAAAAGCUUCAACCACUAAAGAGAACAAACUUUUCGGUCAAAACUCCAUAACAAACCAAAAGACUAUAGCACCUGCAGUAGUGUCAUCGGCUAAUUCCGCGGUAGAAAAUGAUGAUUUUUGUUCAAGUUGUCGUCAACCAGGCAUUUUCCUUUGCUGUGAUACCUGUCCUAAAUCUUUUCAUUUUGCCUGCUGCAACCCCCCAUUAGACCCUGAUAAUCUGCCAGAAGGUGACUGGUCCUGCGCUGAGUGUCAAUUUAAGAUCAGAUGUCCCAACAAGUCUGUGGCUCAUAAAUUAGAGAAAGAGUACACAUCUACUUUAGACAAUUCUCAGGGGAAAUCAAUCUUUGGGAAAUUACUCUUCAAAUUAGAGUUUACAAAUCCAAGGCAAUUCAUACCCCCUGUUCUCAUCAGAGACGCCUUUGUGGACGUCAAAAUGGGGUUACAUGGCGAAUAUACCGAUGGUUCGAUGCGCGGCCCACUCAAUGAAAAGCAAGCGUUAAACACCGGUUAUGGACAAAGCUUGACGAAAAUGGACCAGUACAAUCCUGACCAGCAUAUUGACCAGGAGUCUGGCGAGCUUUUGAUAUGCUUCAAGUGUCGGGAAUCAAAGAUGGGGAGCAUUGAUCAUCCAGAAAAGGAAAGAUUGAUCACAAAAUGUGACUAUUGUAAGACUCCGUGGCAUUUAGACUGUCUUCCUGAAGUACCGCGAGCGUCUUUCAAAAACUUGGGUAGUAAAUGGAUGUGCCCUUUGCAUGCUGAUAGCCUAAUUCCGAAUAAAAAAAGAAGGCUCGUGCGUCAUCAAAGACAUUUCACCCCCGACUCGACGCACAACUUUUCAAAUAACGGCGACGUAGACAUUGUCUUGGACGAAAUAUCUGCUCCAAUCUCCAAAGAAGUCAUUCAUGAUAGUAAAAUAAACAAAGAACUGGCCAUCAUGAGACUUCCGGAAAAUUCUAUCCAAUUGGAUUUUGUUGAUAAAGUUUACCGAGCAAAGGGCGCGUUAUUAGAUAAACAGUUUCGUCAGCAAGAAACGCUCAUCACUAAAACCUUGGGGUCUUUAUCAAAACAGUGUCCAGACUCAAAAGUUAGCUCCUUCCUAUAUUUCACAUUGCAGAAUAAUGGCUACCUUCAGAAAAUGUGGGAUUUCAAGGAGCUCUGUCACGUCGCUGAUAAAGAACUUCAAACAUCUUGUCAGCUACGAAGUGAAGAGAUUUCCGAGCUCCUGGCACUGCGAAGAAUUUUAGAAUCCAAGUCGAAAGAAGAGGUCAUGGAUUUUUUGGUAUGA